GUCCUAAGCUGAGCCAGGUCCAGGCCCAGUGUCUAACAGGAGACCAGAGCCAGGUGUCAGCCAGCGAGGAUGAGCCUGUGUACCGCCAUGGAACCACCACCACAGGCCUCCCCAUCUCCUGGUACCGCAAUCUGGAUGAUGUCCCCAGAGAUUCUUCAAAGCAGCCACCCUUUCCCUUGACGACAGCUUUGCACACGCUUGGCAUUCUCUCAACCAGCUUCACCUGGAAUGCUUUUCCAACAGUCUUGAUGGAGUUCCCACAUAUGCUGAGCACUUGUUGACUGCUUUUCCUUCACUCUGCGGCCCAACUCUUUCCAAACCAUCUCAAUUGGGUUGAGGUCGGGUGAUUGUGGAGGCCAGGUCAUCUGAUGCAGCACUCCAUAACUCUCCUUGGUCAAAUAUUCCUUACACAGCCUGGAGGUGUGUUGGGUCAUUGUCCUGUGAUAGUCCCACUAGGUGCAAACCAAAUGGGAUGGCGUAUUGCUGGAGAAUGCUGUGGUAGCAAUGCUGGUUAAGUGUGCCUUGAAUUCUGAAUAAAUCACAGACAGUGUUACCAGCAAAGCACCAUCUCACCUCCUCUUCCAUGCUUCACGGUGGGAACCACACAUUGUUCUUGUUUCUUGGCCCAAGCAUGUCUCCUCUUCUAAUUGUUGUCUUUUAGUAGUGUUUUCUUUGCAGCAAUUUGACCAUGAAGGCAUGAUUCACAAUGUCUGUUGCUUGAACUCUGUGAAGCAUUUAUUUGGGCUUCAAUCUGAGGCUAGUAACUCUAAUGAACUUAUCCUCUGCAGCAGAGGUAACUCUGGGUCUUCCUUUCCUGUGGUGGUCCUCAUGAGUACCAGUUUCAUCAUAGCACUUGAUGGUUUUUGCGACUGCACUUGAAGAAACUUUCAAAGUUCUUGAAAUUUUCCGCAUUGACUGACCUUCAUGUCUUAAAGUAAUGAUGGACUGUAAUUUCUUUUUGCUUAUUUGAGCUGUUCUAGCUAUAAUAUGGACUUGGUAUUUUACUAAAUAGGGCUAUCUUCUGUAUACCACCCCUACCAUGUCACAACAAAACUGAUUGGCUCAACGCAUUAAGAAGGAAAGAAGCUCUACAAAUUAACUUUUAACAAGGCACACUUGUUAAUUGAAAUGCAUUCCAGGUGACUACCUCAUGAAGCUGGUUGAGGAAAUGCCAAAAGUGCGCAAAGCUGUCAUCAAGGCAAAGGGUGGCUACUUUUAAGAAUUUCAAAUAUAAAAUAUUUUGUUUUGUUUAACACUUGUUUGGUUACUACAUGAUUCCAUAUGUGUUAUUUCAUAGUUUUUAUUUCUUCACUAUUAUUCUACAAUGUAGGAACUAGUACAAAUAAAGAAAAACCCGGAGACACGUGAUGCCGCGGAGCUGAGCAGACGUUGACAAACCGAGCUCUUCAAAGUUAUUCUAUUUUUACCUAAAUAACAACGGUGAAACAAUAUUCUAACAUCGGCUGAUAAAUUGUCAAGUACUUACCUUCCCAAAGAGCCAUGGACCGCCGACCAAGAGGCAAGAAGGACGACCAAAACGUUGUUGAUUCCCAAGAUAACGAUAACGCUACAGCUAGCAAGAUUAGCAUUAGCCCUCAUAACUCAGACGACAGUUCCAGACUGUUGCUCUCAGCAGCCUCCCUUUUGGUUUAGUCCAUAUCUACUGGGCGAAGCAAUAAGUGGGUUUAGGCCCACUGCUUUCCCCCUCAUUUAUGUUAAUCUUUCGUAAAGAGACUCAAGCAGCCCUUACCGUGGGCAGUAAAUAUUCAGCCAUAAAUAUCUAUCCACAACGUUUGUUUUCAAUUUAGAGAGCUCGCAGGUUUUAGUUUACGCCAAGGUUUAGCUAGUAAGAGCAAGAUGGAAAGCGAGCAGCGACGCAUCUCUACAAGUGUAUUCAUGUUUGAUUGUUGGGACUGUUGUUCUAGUCUGACAAUCGGGGUGGAUGGGAUUUUUAUUAUUUUUUUCUUCCUUUUUUCUAUGUUUAUUGUUUCCUUCUUAAAGAGACACACAGGUCACUUGUGCUCAAACCAAAGUUGAAACAUUUCCUAAUUAUCUGCAUAUGAUAGAUUUCUAUUCAGUUACAUAUUUGAAACCCAACCUAUGCUUAAUCCACUAAAAUAUGUCACAUUCAACGUAAAAGGUCUUAACAGCCCGAUUAAAAGGAAAAUAGUCUAUACAUACCGUAAGAAAUUAAAGGCUGACAUUGUGUUUUUACAAGAAACACAUCUUACAGCCAGUGAACACAAGAAAUUGAAGAGGGAAUGGGUAAGACAAGUUUUUGCAUCCUCUUUUAACACCAAAGCAAGAGGAACUGCAAUUUUGAUAAGUAGACACAUCCCCUUCUCCGUCAACAACACCAUCUCUGAUUCCUCUGGCAGGUUUGUUUUGGUGCAGGGGCAUAUGUUUUCAGAGUCUUUGACCCUAUUGAAUAUUUAUGCUCCUAACUUCGAUGACCAUAUGUUUAUUCAGAAUGUCUUCCUUCAGGUUGCUCAAGCACCACCAGGAUGGCUACUGGUUGGAGGAGAUUUUAAUUUUUGCUUAGAUACAGUUCUUGAUAGGUCUUCUGAUAAACCCUCACUUCUUACCAAAGCCGGCAAGCUCACCAUGUCAUUCAUGAAAGAUCUCAAUUUACUAGACAUCUGGAGACCGUUGCACCCACAGGAUAGGGACUACUCUUUUUAUUCACACCCACACAAGACACACACACACAUAGAUAACUUUUUACUUUCGACACAAGUGUUUCAUAGAGUGUUAGAUGUCGAGUAUCUCCCCAGAUUGCUUAGUGACCAUUCUCCUCUGGUAUUAUCAAUCUCCAUUCCUACCAAGGUAAAUGGAGCAUAUAGAUGGAGACUACAUUCUACACUUCUAAAGCAACCUGAAUUUUGUGCAUUCGUCAAAGAGCAGAUCAAUAUUUUUACUUUGACAAACAAACCCCCUGCUCCUGACAGCUUCAUUCUUUGGGACACAUUGAAGGCCUACCUGAGGGGACAGAUUAUUUCCUAUACUAAAGGGCUGAAGAAAAAACACGGUGCGGAACUGAGUGCUCUUGAAUCUGAAAUCUCAGAGCUAGAGAAAACCUACCAAAGAGGCCCGACUAAAGAUCUAUACAGGCUUUUGGUAAAUAAAACUCUUAAAUAUAAUAUUCUAAACACAUAUCAAGCUGAAAGGGCCAUCACUAAAUCAAAACAGCGUUAUUAUGAGCUUGGAGAGAAAGCUCACAAAGUAUUGGCAUGGCAACUGAAAGCAGAGGAAAGUAAGAGGAAAAUUAAUGCCAUAGAAACUCUCACUAAAGAGAUAUCUUUCGACCCUACUGAAAUUAAUAAUACUUUUAAGAAAUACUAUGAAGACCUCUACACUUCCCAAUCAAGCGAUGAUCUAUCAGAGAUAGACUCCUUUCUCUCCUCUCUCAACCUCCCAUGCCUGUCAGGGGAAGACAGCGAGCGCCUGAGUGAACACUUCUCAGUCCCUGAAUUGUUGGAGGCCAUUAAAUCCUUACCUUCUAAUAAAUCUCCUGGGGAGGAUGGCUUCCCGCCAGAGUUCUAUGAAGAAUUUAGGGAGCUGUUGGUCCCCUACCUUAUGGAGGUACUUAAAAAAGCCAGAGAAGACAACUGCUUUCCAGAAUCCUUCUCUCAAGCAGUAAUUACUGUAAUCCACAAGAAAGGGAAAAACCCGCUAAAGUGCACCUCCUAUAGACCAAUCUCUUUACUUAACACAGAUUGUAAACUGGUCACCAAGAUGCUAUCUAAGAGACUGGAGUCAUGUCUUCCCCUGUUGGUCAACCCAGAUCAGACUGGCUUCAUAAUUAAUAGAUUGUCCUCCAAUAAUCUCAGAAGGUUAUUUGAUAUAAUUCACCUUGCUAACAAAAACAAAAUACCUGGUGUCGCAGUCUCCCUCGACGCUGAAAAGGCCUUUGAUAGGGUUGAAUGGCCAUACCUCUUUCGCGUCUUGGAAAAGUUCGGUUUAGGUACCGUGUUUGUAAAUUUGAUAAAAUCACUCUACAAAUCUCCUAAAGCUAGGAUUGCUACCAAUGGGAUUACUUCCUCCUCUUUCCCUCUUUAUAGGGGGAACAGACAAGGUUGCCCAAUUAGCCCCCACCUCUUUGCCCUCGCCAUCGAACCGUUGGCUGAGGCUAUUAGAACGUGCCCUGACAUACAUACGAUUGCCAAGAAAUGUAUUGCCUUGAAAUGGAAAUUGGAUUCCUCCCUGCCAGUUGCAAUGUGGCUUUCGGAAGUUAAUAGUUGUAUCCCUUUGGAGAAGAUCACUUACUGCUUGAGGAAUAAGUUAAAGACAUUUUACAGAAUUUGGCAACCUUUUAUUGACUAUAUGGAGAUUCUCCCCCCUCAUCUCAUUGAUUGAAUCUAUAUAUAAUCCUCACAUAAUGUUUCACACGUAAUGUAUAUUAUGUAGCCUACGGCAGCAGAUCCAAUGUCUCGUUAUUUUUAUUUUUUUAUUUUUUAAAUUUCUAAAAUUUUUAAUUAUUGUAUGUUUGUUUAUAUAACUAUAAUUAUAAUUUAUUUUUGUUACGUUCGUCUGUUACUGUCACUUUGUCCUAUCGUUGUCCAAUAUCUUUUCACUUUUGUUUUGAAUGUUCUUAAUUGGAAAAUGCAAAAAUAAAAUAUCUAAAAAAAAAUAAUAAAGAAAAACCAUUGAAUGAGUAGGUGUGUCCAAACUUUUGACUGGUACUGUGUAUAUUUAAAAAUAUAUAUUUUUUCCUUUAUUAUUUAACCUAACCCUACCACCCCUCUCCUAAUUGGAGUAAACUAAUGGACAACAACACUGAGGCUUCUACUUCCAGUUUAUACAUACUAUAUACAUUUUACGGAAACAAUGCAACAGUUAUGUUUUGUUGGUUUUUAAUCCCAUCCUUCAGCUACCAUCAACCCUUCCCAUCCAUCUCCGAAUCCCAUCCAGUAUUUCUACUUUGCCAUAUAUUUUUAACUACUGUUUCACAAAAGUUCCGAACCCAUAUACAUUUUACAGACACAGCAGAUUUGACAUUAGUUUUCUUGUUGUUUUUAAUCCCACCCUUCAGCUCCACUCAACCCCUCCCAUCUAUCUUUGAACACCAUCCAUUUUUUAUUUCUAUUUGCCAUAUAUUUUUCCACUGUUCUGUGAUGUUUCACAAUGUUCUGAACCUUUCUAUUCUCAUAGUUUCUAUAUAUUGUAAAUUAUAGAUACACUCUUUUUGCUAAAAGUAUUAUUGAUCGAUUGACUAUGACUUUUCAAAUCACCCAGUAGUGCUAUCUGAGUUAGCUCCACAUCUUCAACCAUUUCUGGACCUGCAGCCAAUAACAAGCUACAUAAGGACAGUACCAAAACAAAUAAUCUAAUGGUUUUGUCUUUUCGCAGGAAAAUCUGCAGAACUGGGAUGGUUGUAUCCCCACAAUAUAUAACAUUCUAUUGGUUGCAAUAAUUUUGAAUAAUAAUUUUAAUUGAAAAAUUAUGAGUUUAGAAUCCGCCAUUGUUUUGCAUAUAAGUUCAUAAACAAUGUGCCAUGGAAUCGGUACAUUGGGAAUCUCUUCCCAACUAUUUUACUAUUUAUAUGGCACAGCUGUCAAUUUUUUUUUGUCCUUAAAUGAAACUCGUAUACCUUUUUAUUUGUCACAUUUCUUUAACAAAUGUUGGUCUUCAAUGCAUGGCCAACAGACAAGUUACUUUUUUCCCCUUCCACUUGCCUCUUCCAUUUUUGCAGUAAUGCUGCAAUUAGUUGGUUGUAAUUUUGGGUAGAGCAGACAUUUCCAUAUACAGUUGAGGUCGGAAGUUUACAUGCACUUAUGUUGGAGUCAUUAAAACUCAUUUUUCAACCACUCCACAAAUUUCUUUUUAACAAACUAUAGUUUUGGCAGUAGGUUAGGACAUUUACUUUGUACAUGACACAAGUCAUUUUUCCAACAAUUGUUUCCAGACAGAUUAUUUCACUUUUAAUUCACUGUAUCACAAUUCCAGUGGGUCAGAAGUUUACAUACACUAAGUUGACUGCCUUUAAACAGCUUGGAAAAUUCCAGAAAAUGAUGCCAUGGCUUCAGAAGCUUCUGAUAGGCUAAUUGACAUAAUUUGUGUCAAUUGGAGGUGCAACUGUGGAUGUAUUUCAAUGCCUACCUUCAAACUCAGUGCCUCUUUGCUUGACAUCAUGGGCAAAUCAAAAGAAAUCAGCCAAGACCUCAGAAGAAAAAUUGUAGACCUUUACAAGCCUGGUUCAUCCUUUGGAGCAAUUUCCAAACACCUGAAGGUACCACGUUCAUCUGUACAAACAAUAGUACGCAAGUAUAAACAUCAUGGGACCACGCAGCCGUCAUACUGCUCAGGAAGGAGACAUGUUCUGUCUCCUAGAGAUUAAUGUAUUUUGGUGCCAAAAGUGCAAAUGAAUCCCAGAACAACAGCAAAGGACCUUGUGAAGAUGCUGGAGGAAACAGGUACAAAAGUAUCUAUAUCGACAGUAAAAACAAGUCCUAUAUCGACAUAAGCUGAAAUGCUGCUCAGCAAGGAAGAAGCCACUGCUCCAAAACCGCCAUAAAAAGCCAGUCUACGGUUUGCAACUGCACAUGGGGACAAAGAUUGUGCUUUUUGGAGAAAUGUCCUCUGGUCUGAUGAAACAAAAACAUAACUGUUUGGACAGAAUGACCAUCAUUAUGUUUGGAGGAAAAAGGGGGAGGCUUGCAAGCCGAAGAACACCAUCCCAACCGUGAAGCGCAGGGGUGGCAGCAUCAUGUUUUGGGGGUGCUUUGCUGCAGGAGGGACUGGUGCACUUCGCAAAAUAGAUGGCAUCAUGAGGAAGGAAAAUUAUGUGGAUAUAAUGAAGCAACAUCUCAGGAAGUUAAAGCUUGGUCGCAAAUGGGUCUUCCCAAUUGACAUGUUUUAUUUUUAAAAUUUUAAUUGUACCUUUAUUUAACCAGGCAAGUCAGUUAAGAACACAUUCUUAUUUUCAAUGACGGCCUGGAAACAGUGGGUUCAGGGGCAGAACUACAGAUUUGUACCCUGUCAGCUCGGGGGUUUGAACUCGCAACCUUCCGGUUACUAGUCCAACGCUCUAACCACUAGACUACAAUGACCCCAAGCAUACUUUCAAAGUUGUGGCAAAAUUGCUUAAGGACAACAAAGUCAAGGUAUUGGAGUGGCCAUCACAAAGCCCUGACCUCAAUCCUAUAGAAAAUUUGUGGGCAGAAUUGAAAAAGCGCGUGGGAGCAAGGAGGCCUACAAACCUGAUUCAGUUACACCACCUCUGUCAGGAGGAAUGGGCCAAAAGUCACCCAACUUAUUGUGUGAAGCUUGUGGAAGGCCAACCGAAAUGUUUGACCCAAGUUAAUAAACAAUUUAAAGGCAAUGCUACUAAAUACUAAUUGAGUGUAUGUAAACUUCUGACCCAGUGGGAAUGUGAUGAAAGAAAUCAAAGCUGAAAUAAAUAAUUCUCUCUACUAUUAUUCUGAAAUUUCACAUUCCUAAAAUAUAGUGGUGAUCCUAACUGACCUAAGACAGGGAAUUUUUACUCUGAUUAAAUGUCAGGAAUUGUGAAAAACUGAGUGAGUUUACAUGUAUUUGGCUAAGGUGUAUGUAAACUCCCGACUUCUUCAACUGUAUAUUUGUUAGAUUUGACAUAACUCCACCAGUCCUAUUGAUAUCCUUUACAAAGAUUAUACCUGUUUAUUUAUUUUGGGGGGGAAAACAUAUCUUUUUUUUAUCAAUUAGUGUAUUUGAGUUUAACCACAAGAUAUGUUGUA